AUGCGGAAGACAGUCCCCUCUGCUGUCCCUAUGAUGCAUCAGGUGAGUCGUACUACCACUAGUAUCACACUUUCAUGGCCUCAGCCAGACCAGCCCAACGGGAUCAUCCUGGAUUACCAACUGCGUUACUUUGACAAGGCAGAAGAUGAAGAUAAUUCAUUCAUCUUGACUAGCGAAACCAACAUGGCCACCAUAUCAAAUCUGAGCCCAGGCAAGAUCUAUGCCUUCCAAGUAAGAGCUAGAACAGCAGUGGGCUAUGGUCCGUACAGUGGAAAGAUGUAUUUCCAGACUUUAACAGGAAAAGAGCGUUCGGAGAUGGUGCAGGACCGACUGCCGCUUAUCGUGGGCUCAGCGCUCGGUGGUCUAGCCUUCCUGGUAAUUGCUGCCAUUGCCAUCCUUGCCAUCAUCUUUAAGAGGAAAAGGCGAGAGACUCCAUAUACAGACCGCCUCCAGCAGUAUAUCACUACACGAGGACUUGGAGUGAAGUAUUACAUUGAUCCUUCAACCUACGAAGAUUCCAAUGAAGCUAUUCGAGAAUUUGCCAAGGAGAUUGAUGUGUCCUUCAUCAAGAUUGAGGAGGUCAUUGGAUCAGGAGAGUUUGGAGAGGUGUGCUUUGGGCGUCUAAAACACCCAGGGAAGCGUGAAUACACAGUAGCUAUUAAGACCUUGAAGUCAGGUUACACAGAUGAACAGCGACGGGAGUUCCUGAGUGAGGCCAGCAUCAUGGGGCAAUUUGAUCAUCCCAAUGUCAUCCAUCUGGAGGGUGUGGUCACAAAGAGCCGACCAGUCAUGAUUGUCACAGAGUUCAUGGAGAAUGGAUCGCUGGAUUCCUUCCUCAGGCAGAAGGAGGGACAGUUCAGUGUGUUACAGCUGGUGGGAAUGCUACGGGGAAUUGCAGCUGGCAUGCGCUACCUUUCAGACAUGAACUAUGUGCACCGUGACCUGGCAGCACGUAACAUCUUGGUCAACAGUAACCUUGUGUGCAAGGUGUCAGACUUUGGUUUGUCCCGCUUUCUAGAGGAUGAUGCUUCAAAUCCCACCUAUACUGGAGCUCUGGGCUGUAAAAUCCCUGUUCGUUGGACUGCCCCUGAAGCUGUCCAGUAUCGCAAGUUCACCUCCUCCAGUGAUGUAUGGAGCUAUGGCAUUGUCAUGUGGGAGGUGAUGUCCUAUGGUGAGAGACCUUACUGGGACAUGUCCAAUCAAGAUGUAAUUAAUGCUAUUGAUCAAGACUAUCGCCUGCCACCACCCCCAGACUGCCCCACUGUUUUGCACUUACUGAUGCUUGACUGCUGGCAGAAGGAGCGAGUCCAGAGACCCAAAUUUGAGCAAAUAGUCAGUGCUCUAGAUAAAAUGAUUCGCAAACCAUCUGCCCUUAAAGCCACUGGCACUGGGAGUAGCAGAUCAUCUCAGCCUCUCCUGAGCAACUGUCCUCCAGAUUUCCCUUCACUCAGCAAUGCCCAUGAGUGGUUGGAUGCUAUCAAGAUGGGCCGUUACAAGGAGAAUUUUGACCAGGCUGGUCUGAUUACAUUUGAUGUCAUAUCACACAUGACUCUGGAAGAUAUCCAGCGUAUUGGCAUCACCCUCGUUGGUCAUCAGAAAAAGAUUCUAAACAGCAUCCAGCUCAUGCGAGUCCAUUUGAAUCAGCUUGAACCAGUUGAAGUGUGA